AUGGAACCCACCGAGUACCCACUGAGCGAGAAAGACAUCCUCUUUUCGAAGAGGCUGGAGAGCGUGCGCAAGGACGUGGAGUGCUUCUUCGGCAUCCUGAAGGGUCGCUUCAGGAUCCUGAAGCUCGCCAUGGCGUACCCCGAGCAGGAGCGCAUCGACAACGUGUUUUUCACGUGCUGCAUCUUGCACAACAUGCUGCACACCUUCGACGGAAUGGACCAGGUGAUGGGGAACACGCACUGGGUCAGCAGUGCCGGGGCGGGGACUGGGGUGGCGACCGAGCAGGAGGCGGACUCUAGCUCUGUUGGGGCGAAGGACACCAACGAAAGAGAAGGGCACGGGGAGCGCAAGAGGAAGCUUAAUACGAGCUUCGCGUACCGCAAGAAGCACAAGAAGGACAUUGUCUGGCUUUCUAGGCGAUCGACUCCGGUGUACUGUAGAGCGUUGCAUAGUGUCAAUGUUGCGUCCCACCUUGUCUUACACAAACCGCUGCAGCACGGUCGGACCUGUGCAGCCUUCGGGUGAACAUUUUCUUGUAGCGUGCGUGUCUGUUUUUUUGGGAACAUGGUACGGCAGCAAUGGAUUUUAUUUUCAUUCCCAUUCCACCCCCCCUUCCCCGUCCCCUGUACCCACCACGUGUUUUUUGGUU